GAAAGCUGUUUUGUCAAAUUUCCUUGAAAUGGACUCCAGACACAGAUUUGGGAAGUACAAGGUGGAGCGGGAAGUGCUGGAUGAGGAGCGACUGGAAGAGUUAACUCAGAGAAAAACAUACUCUGACAUCCACCCACCUCUAACUAAACAGCUCAAAGAAUCAUUCAGAUGUACUGUCCCAAAGCUGAAGCGAAGUUUGGUGGGCAGCUUCCCAGUGCUGUACUGGCUACCCAAGUAUUCGGUCUGGGAUUAUGGAAUGCCAGACCUCAUCUCUGGGAUUAGCGUGGGUAUAAUGCAUCUGCCCCAAGGUAUGGCGUAUGCACUGCUUGCCUCCGUGCCACCUGUGUUUGGACUCUACUCUUCUCUCUAUCCAGCAUUAAUCUACUUCUUUUUCGGAACAUCUCGACAUAUUUCAAUUGGUACGUACAAACGUGAGAAAACACCUUAUUACUGUCAUUGUCUCUUAUUGAAAUGUCUAAUUUCAGUUCAUCUGUUCCCGUUAUCAGGUACUUUUACCAUUCUCAGCAUCAUGGUGGGCGGUGUCACAGAAAAACUUGCUCCAGAUGAGAUUUUUCUCAAAACAAACGGGACAAAUAUCACUGCAGAGGUCGAUAUAACAGCCCGUGAUCUGUACAGGGUGAAGGUGGCUGCUGCAGCUACUCUUCUAGGGGGGCUUAUUCAGGUGUUUUUAGGAAUUGUAAAGUUUGGAUUUGUGGGAACCUAUUUGUCCGAGCCUCUGGUUCGGGCUUACACAACAGCUGCUGCAGCUCAUGCUGUGGUGGGACAGCUGAAAACAAUAUUUGGAGUUUCAGCCAGACGCUUUAGUGGCCCACUGUCACUGGUCUACACUCUGGUGGAUGUUUGCUCCAUGCUGCCACAGACUCAUCUCCCUACACUGGUGGUCAGUGCUGUGACCAUGGCGCUUCUAAUCGCAGCCAAAGAGCUCAACGGGUUCUUCAGCUCAAAGCUGCCAGUGCCUGUCCCGGUGGAGCUUCUCACGAUCAUAGCAGGAACUUUGAUAUCUUCAUAUGCCAACCUACAAAACAACUACUCUGUUAAGGUUGUUGGAGAAAUUCCAAGUGGUUUAGAACCUCCAAGUGUACCAAGCGUGUCUCUUUUUGGAGAAGUCAUUGGGGAUGCUUUUGCACUGGCUGUUGUAGGAUAUGCUAUUUCCAUUUCACUUGGUAAAACAUUUGCACUUAAACAUGGAUACAAGGUGGACAGUAACCAGGAACUGGUUGCACUUGGUCUCAGUAAUGCGGCAGGAGGCUUUUUUCAGUGCUUCUCCGUCUGCGCCUCAAUGUCUCGAAGUCUCAUCCAGGUGACUACUGGAGGUAAAACACAAAUGGCUGGACUGGCCUCAGCUCUAAUUGUGCUUGUGACGAUUUUGAAACUGGGGGCGCUGUUUCAGGAGCUACCAAAGGCUGUCCUGGCAUCAGUCGUCUUUGUAAAUUUGAAGGGAAUGUUCAAGCAAUACUCGGACAUCGUUACUCUGUGGAGGAGCAACAAGACUGAUCUGGUGGUGUGGUUGGUCACCUGGGUGUCAACGAUGCUGCUAAAUCUGGAUCUGGGUCUCGCCGCAUCCAUCACCUUUGCUCUGUUUACAGUUAUCUUCAGAACUCAGCUACCAACAUACUCUGUUCUGGGAAAUGUUCCCGGGACAGAACUGUACGUCGACAUGGAAACACACAGGGAGGCGAGACAGAUUCCAGGUGUCACCAUAUUCCGUUCUUCAGCUACAGUCUAUUUCGCCAAUGCCGAACUUUACCUGGAGGCCCUGAAAGAAAAGAGUGGGCUUGACAUCAGCAAAAUGAUCAUCUAUAAAAGGCGACAGGAAGCCAAACAGAAAAGGAGAGAAAAAAGAGCAGAGAGGCGGGCAAAGAGGCAAGCCAAGAGAGAGAAACGGGCUCAAACAGCGGCUAUAAAUAUGUCUGGACCCCCGGAUCUGUUUGUGGAGGAUGAGGCUGGCUGCUGCACAGAAAUAUCCAUGGAUGGGACCAUCACGGAAAAGGAGGAGCAAACCUGGAGCGAGAAGGAAAACGGGACAGUGUUUGUCAUCCCGUCUUCUCCUCGGACAGUGGAGGGCCACUGCAGGUGGGAGUAUCUGAAAGGUGGAGAUCCGGACUGCUCCAGUUUAGGGUGGAUGUCGGAGCUGCAGGACGGAGACACCACCACUCUGGGAUCAAGCAGUGAAGACACUCUGAGUCGAGACCUGGAGCGGGUCUCCCUGGGGUCCCUCGGGAAGUGGACCUGGGACAUUCACUCCAUCAUUCUUGACCUUUCGACUGCAAACUUCACCGACACAGUGGCCAUAAAACUGAUGAAAAAUAUUUUCCAAGACUUCAGUGAGAUCGAUGUGGAUAUCUACAUGGCCGGUUGCCAAGAGUCGGUGGUGGAACAGUUAGAGCGGGGAGACUUCUUCUGUGAGACCAUCACAAAGGGAAAUCUCUUCGCUUCCGUUCACGACGCCGUGCUGUACUGUCUCAACAAUCGUGGAGCUACGUCCCCUCCCAGAUAUGACCCGUCAGCAAGCCUAAACAGCAGCACAAAACUCUGAGAUCUUCGACAAGUCAGCAAAUCCAGCAGAGAAGACUGGAGAGAGGCGAGGAAGUUGGAAAUGUACUUUUAUAAAUGAAAUACCAAAAAGGAAUCUUUAUGUAAUGCAAUGAAUUUUUCUGUUUUGAUGAAUAUUUAUACAUUUUGUGUUUAAAAAAAAGGCAAAUACCAAAGGUUUAUGAGCUGAAUAUACCUUUUAUUCAGUGAAGGAUGAGACAAUAUCUU